AUGGCUCUUUGUGUCGCGCGUCAGGCGGCGAUCGGCUUCGCGGAGCGCGGCGGCGUGGCGUGGCACUGCGGCGGCUCGCUCAUCAGCGACGAGUUCGUGCUGACGGCGGCGCACUGCACGUCCACCAGCCACGGGCCGCCCGUGCGCGUGCGCCUGGGCGAGCUCAACCUCAAGUCAGACGCCGACGGCGCCUCGCCCGUCGACAUCGCCGUGGCCGAGGUCAUCCGCCACCCGGAGUACCGGCCGCCCUCCAAAUAUGAAAAAUCGGAGUCGCCGAGUGACACGCUGCUGAAGGUGGCGCUGGACAUCAUCGACAACAACCUGUGCAACGAGCUGUGGCGCAGCGCCAGCGGCACGCGCCCGCUGGCCGACGGCAUCGCGCCCACCAUGCUGUGCGCGGGCGUGCUCAAGGGCGGCAAGGACACCUGCCAGGGAGACUCCGGCGGCCCCAUCCAGAUCACUGGCCCGGAGAACAAGUGCGUGUACCACGUGGUGGGCGUCACCUCCUUCGGCAAGGGCUGUGCCCUCAAGAACUCCCCAGGGGUGUACACGCGCGUCUCCAGCUACGUGCCCUGGAUCGAGAGCGUGGUCUGGCCCAACGAGUGAGAAAACAAACAAGACAAGACACAACAAAAACAUUUUCUGAGAGAGUAUCAUUUAUUGAAAAAAGCGAAGUGUGUAUAAUUCUAAUUCACUUAUUGUACUGCGUCCUUUAGACACGCUGCGACAAAUACAAAUACGUUGUGCGAUGUCGAAACAUGUACUUUUUCAUAAAAAGUCAAAAAAUUUUCGUUAUUUUUUCUCAUAAAUACUAGAGAACUAUGUUAAGACUUCAGGCAGAGAAUACCACGCACUGGAGAAGACUUUUUCUCGUUUCCACGCAAGUAUUUGGAAAUGGAAGCCGCAUUGACUUUUUAAAAGUGAUUAGACUAUUACUGAUUGUACACGAAGAUGUGUCUGGCAUAAAAGCUGACACACAUAUAGAAAUGUAUAGACGCCAGACAGUGGCGUAAGUACAGGCAAAAUAUUAAGUCCAACCUUUGUAAUACGGUAUGUCGAGAGCCACACCGUAAAAAGUGUACAAUAAAAUGAUCAUCCACUGAUCUUGCAAUUUCCAUUCACUUGAAUUAAGUACAAUUUUGGGUCCGCAACUUGUUUAGGUAAGAGAUAAAUAAUUUCUCCGUCAAACUAUUGCGGAUAUAUAAUACAUGACACCCCCCCUUGUGAAUUGAUCCAGACAUAUUUAACCUUAUAACCUCGUGACAAAAUGUACAUCACAUUAUCUUCCCAUUAGAUUUUAACGUAACUUAAACAUACAUUCAUCGCUGACGCGAAUACUAAUUAUGUGUUAUUUAACGCGACCAUUGCAUUGCGAUGCUUAUAUAUAAACAAAAGUGAUUGUUGAGAGGUUAACAAGCUUCAAGCUUUUGCUGCUAAGUUACAUUAAAAUGAGUGAACAAGCCAAUUGCAAGACUAGAUAAAUGAACAGCGAUGUUCACGAGAAGUCCUAGUACCAUUUUAAGAUGCACAAAAGUCUGCAAUGGGCCCUUGGUAAAUUUCUUAUACAAAAUUAUUGAAAAUUUUGGUACACUCUUUGGUUUAUAUAAAAAGAACCCAUUCCAGAUCUAUAUAACAUCAGUUGUCCUAAUAUGCACGCACUAUGUUUAGUAUAUAUAUCUAACACAACCUGCUUAAAGAUAGGAAAUACACUCAUAGCCAAUUGCAUAAACCCAUCCAUUCGCAACGACUACCUAACUACAACGCUACCCGAACCCACGUACGAGACAAAGUAUACAUAUGAGUGCCAAGAAAACAUUGAUGUCAACUGGAAUAUAUAUGUCUACACUUAUGGUACGUUGAGUUUGAAACUUCGGAUUCUCGUUUAUUUUGCAAUUGAUUUCCACGUUACGAUUAUGUUUAAGAUAUGUUAAAUUCGCAUUAUAAAUGAGCCAAGUGCGCAACCUCCAGUCCUGAAAAUAAUUUGUAACUCGCGUGGUGCGUGGUACUCAACGCCGCGGCGGCUGCUCGACUGCCCGGGCGGCGAGAGAGCUGGGGACAACAGCGAGAACGAGAAUGCGGAUGCUUGCGGCAUCAAACGCGUACAUUUCACCCAAAAUAACACAUUACGCCGUGACUUGCAGUCGUCACGGCAAAGGCAUCUCCUCGAAACCUCACCUCUUCCUAUUGUCAAUGUAGCGCGCAUUUCCGUCGAGAAAUGCACAUCGGCAACCGGCCAAUUGCAAUCGAUUUUAAUUGGUCCUUCGAUACUGGCAGUCCAAUACCCACCCCACCCGCCAAUCUUCAUCUAGUAGUGCGGCACAGUCCAAUAACAAAGUUAGCUCGCAAGUUCUUAGGGCAUACAGAGAAUGUGAAAUCACAACGGAAUGUAACGAAAACUAGAGCAAAGUUUUAGACGUGAGCUAAGUGAGGCAUUAGAAUUAUUUCCGACAAUAUCAAUGAAACCCUUUUUAUAUCUGCGGCGACCGUUUUGGCUUUAGCCUCGUUUGCUUUCUUGAGAAAAUGUCCAAGUGUUAACAGUGUUAGAUGGCACUGGCGUGGUCAUUCAGGAAAAAUCCUAAAUACAAUAGAAUUUCGAUUGAAGGUUAGUUUUACUCAUGAAUAUUGCCAUUUUUCCCGUUUAGGAGAAUCUUACUGAUUUUAAUUUAACUACAUGAAAAAAGUCAUUUUUUCAUUGUUACUUUGGUUUCCUCCUGUCCUUAUUUUUCGAACUAUUUCAUUGAUUUUGGUGAUCAAACCAAAUACUUUUAGUGUGAGAGUCAUUCGGUUAGGAUGUAUAACGAAUGUAUCUGACAGCAACUAGGUUAAGUAUUCACAGCUCCAACGGCAAACUGAAACAAUGAUUUUCUUGGACCUACGUAACCUAGGUAAGAACCAAUUAAAACAAACGUCCAUAGCGAAUAAACAUGCGCUCCGGCGGUGCGACUGAGCGUCCCGCCCUCCGCAGGCCCUUCUCGCGUGCCCCGGGCGUGGGAGUAGGGAGGGUGUGUCCCGCUGCCGGAGAGGCGGCAGCGGGCGUCGGGAGCGCGCCGCUGGAGAGGAGGCGGUAGGAGGAGGAGUUCGCGGCGCGGCGGCGGCCAGGGCGAGGGCGUCGAGGGCGGGGUCGAGGC